GGCCUUUUGGUAAUUCCGUAACUGAAUUCGCCGCUUCGUGUCCCAUUUUUCUCCUCUUCCGUUCGUACGAUUCCGAGACCUCCGGGGCCGUCGUGGUUCUUCUCGCUCUUCCCGUUCAUCGCCGAUCUCCCGCAGCCCAUUUAACAGGCCGCAGAGGUGACCCGGGCGAGGCCUCUCCUCCGACUCCGAGGCGUGUUAGGAAUCGCGAGGCGGUGCCGUAGAGGAGUCUAUCCGCGACCAAGGGUUGAUUCGUGGGAACCAUGGAGAGGGGGAAAGAGGCGUUCUCGGAACUGUUCGGCAAGGAUUACGGCUACCCGGAUGCUGUGAAUAGCAUCGACGACAUCAGAGCCUCAGAGUUCAAGCGUUUGGAAGGGCUUACUUACUUAGAUCACGCCGGAGCUACGUUGUACUCCGAAGCGCAGAUGGAAGCCGUCGUCAAGGACCUGACCACCAAUGUUUACGGGAACCCUCAUAGCCAGAGUGAUUCCAGCAUGGCAACUACAGGCAUCAUUAGUGCUGCACGACAAAAGGUCCUGGACUAUUUUAAUGCAUCACCAGAGAACUACAAAUGCAUAUUUACUUCUGGGGCUACAGCAGCUCUGAAACUAAUUGGGGAAUGCUUUCCCUGGUCUAGCGAAAGCUUUUACAUGUACACAAUGGAAAACCAUAAUAGUGUCCUUGGAAUCAGAGAAUAUGCUCUUGAUCAUGGAGCAACUGCUGUUGCUGUUGAUGUUGAGAAUAUCACAAAUUUACAGAAUGGAACUCACAAUUCGGGGUUUGUGUUCUCAGAACACACAGUUCAGAGAAGACCUGAAAGUUUAUCACUGAAACAUGGACAGAAUGGCGAACUUUCAGGAAGCACAUGCAACCUGUUUGCAUUCCCUUCAGAGUGCAAUUUCUCAGGUCAGAAAUUUUCUCUAGACUUGGUCAACUAUGUGAAGGAAGGUACUGGAGAACCUUUCAAAAGCUCACCAGAUCUGUGUGGUCGUUGGAUGGUCUUGAUAGAUGCUGCCAAAGGAUCUGCUACUGAACCACCUGAUUUGGCUAGAUUUCAUGCUGAUUUUGUUGUCUGCUCUUUCUAUAAGAUAUUUGGAUAUCCUACAGGGCUUGGAGCACUUAUCAUUCACUCUGAAGCAGCACGAAUUCUUACAAAAACGUACUUCAGUGGAGGCACUGUUUCUGCUUCCAUUGCUGAUGUUGAUUUCAUAAAGAGAAGGGAAAACAUUGAACAAGUUCUUGAAGACGGUACCUUGUCCUUUUUGGCUAUAGCCUCCAUCCAUCAUGGAUUCAUGAUAAUCAAUAGAUUGACUUCUACUGCUAUAUUUCGACAUACAACAUCUCUUGCCGCUUAUACUAGAGACGCCAUGAUGGGCCUAAAGCAUGCAAAUGGAGUGGGUGUUUGCAACAUCUAUGGAAAAUAUCUCUCAGACAAAGGUCCUACUAUUGCAUUCAAUUUGAGAAGAGCAGAUGGCUCCUGGGUUGGAUAUCGUGAGGUUGAAAAGUUGGCUUCUCUUUCAGGAAUUCAGUUGCGGACUGGCUGCUUUUGCAACCCAGGUGCUUGUGCCAAGUAUCUUGACUUGUCUCAUUUCGAUCUUAUCGCUAAUCUUGAGGCAGGACAUGUUUGCUGGGAUGACAAUGAUAUCUUGCAUGGAAAACCAACUGGAGCUGUCAGGAUAUCCUUUGGUUAUAUGUCAACAUACGAAGAUGCAGAAAUUUUCCUAAGAUUUUUAGACAAAGCUUUUGUGAGCAAGUCCGAUUCAUCUGCAGACAUAGUUGCAUUAAGAAUGGAGAGUGACCCACUUUCAGAUCUUGGUUCCAAGCAGCUUGUACAUGGAAUUCAGUUGAAGUCCAUCACAGUUUACCCUGUAAAAUCUUGUGCAGGAUUUACCGUCCAUAAAUGGCCUUUAAGCAACAUAGGUUUAAAAUAUGAUCGAGAAUGGCUUCUCAAAGGACCAACUGGAGAAAUAAUUACUCAGAAGAAGGCUCCUGAGAUGUGUAAUAUUCAGACAUUUAUUGAUUUGGAGAAAGGAGUACUCAUUUUAGAAUCACCACGUUGCAACGAAAGAUUGCAAGUCUCCAUUCUGAAAGAUUCACAGUGUGAUGGUGUGCUGGAAAUGAAUAUUUUUAAUCAAAGAUACAAGGUGCAGGCAUAUAAUAAUGAAGUGAAUAGAUGGUUUGCUGAAGCCAUUGCUUGGCCUUGUACUUUUGUGAGAUGUUCAAGUUCUGAGUACCGAUCUUGUAACAAUACUCGAGGCAGAGGAAAAACAUGCAGAGAUACAUGGGGGAAGUUGAACUUUGUAAAUGAAGCACAGCUAUUACUAGUGUCAGAGGAGAGUGUCUGUGACCUGAACAGCCGGUUAAACUCCACAGAUAUUUUGGUACAGAACGCUCAAUCUGCACAAACUGUGCCUAUCAACGCAAUGAGAUUUCGACCAAACCUUGUUAUUUCAGGAGCAGAACCAUAUGCAGAAGAUACCUGGAGAAGCCUUUAUAUCGGAAAAUCUCACUUCAGUUCUUUAGGGGGUUGCAGUCGUUGUCAGAUGAUUAAUAUUGACCAGCAGUCUGGACAGUUGCUCAGGUCAAAAGAACCUUUGGCAACUCUAGCAUCAUACAGACGGGUGCAGGGUAGGAUACUAUUUGGCAUCCUUCUAAGGUAUGAAGCCAAAGAUUGCGAUGGAGAACAAAAUAGUGGUGCAGAAACAUGGCUUCAGUCGGGGCAAGAGGUGUAUGCAUCCAACGAGCAAACGAUGGAAGAUACCUCUUAAGAUACUUACAGGUGUUGAACACUAAAUGUUGUUUGAUUAAUAGUAAAAUUUACUUGUAAAGGAGGAAAUUGCUGACAGGUCCAUGGAGUGAGUGGGCAACAAGAAAAAAAAGAUUUUAAAAAGUUCCAUCAAUACUAUACAGGUUCAAUAAAAUAUAUACUGAUUGCUUCCAAUUGUAGGAAGCAAUCUUGUAAACCUUGUAAAAACAUAAUUAUAGUCUUAAAGAAAUCUUGAGUCAUUGAUGAAAUCA